AUGAGAGUGAGAAAUUUGUUACAUCGUUUAAAAGGGAUAACAAUAACUAAAGAUGAUUGCUCUUGGGUGUGGAAUGUAGACCCCGACAAACGCUGUGAGUGGGUCAAGAGUACAAGUGACUGUACAUUAAGUUCGUACAUUCAGUAUGCAGAAAUCCUUUUCUGUUCAUUUGAUUCAAGCAAGUCACAUUUAUUCAUCCCCGGGAUUAUAUUGUGUGUUCUAUGGUUAUUAUAUUUAUUUCUGGUGCUUGGAACGUCGGCUGACAACUUGUACGUCCUACGUUUGUCGGAAAAUAUUGCAGGUGUAACGAUUUUAGCUUUCGGAAAUGGCGCACCUGAUGUGUUUACUUCCCUGGUUUCGGAAGAAGGAAUCGGUGAAUUGAUAAUGUUUGUGGAAUUAAUAGGAGCCGGAGUAUUUGUGACAGCAGUUAUUGCCGGUACAAUUGGAAUAGUCGCUCCGGUUGAUAUAAUUGCCAAGACAUUUAUGCGCGACUGUUGUUUUUACGUUUCGUCUAUUAUUUGGGUAUCUUAUAUUUCUGCAGACGACGUUAUAGAAUUGUGGGAAAGUCUGAGUUACGUUUAUAUCAAAACUUUAUUCACUAUUUAUCCAUUAUCUCAUUGUUUACUUUUAAUUUAUGUUUUGUUUAUUUUAUGUGUCGUCAUAAUGCAAUGGAUCGAUAACCGCGAAGUUAAUCGCAAAGAUAAAAUUCUACAAAUUCAAGACGAUGAUAUGUUGCAGACAUAUUUAUCACCAACAACAGCACAAGAGCAUAUCAGCAAACGAGUUAAAGCCGGUGCAUUCAGCAUAAAGACAAAAAUAGAUCUCGCGAUAGCGACAGAAAUAUCUAAAGUCCAGUUGGACAGUGAUGAAUCUCCCUCAAGCUCACAAGUGGAUUUAUCUCAGAACGGACGACCUAAAGGUUUAUUUGCUGAGUUUUUCUUUGACAUGAAUCCUAUUAAAGCAUACGAUUGGAAGAAUGCUAACUUUUUAUUGAGAAUCAUACUUAUUUUGCGGAUCCCGAUAAUGCUCGUUUUGCAAUUUAUCAUACCGGUUGUCAACAAAACCGCUGCAAAGUCAGGAUGGUCUAAAUUACUUAACUGUAUUCAGCCAAGCGUCUUGCCCACAGUAGCAGUCAUCAUAUUAAAAGUUGAUGACGUUGAAGUUGGACCGUUGCCAUUAGUUGUAAUUGUAUUUGUUCUUGGUGUUGUAGUAUCUGUGAUUUUAAUUGCAAGAACUAGUCGUGAUCAACCACCAAAAUACCACAAUGCUUUUGCACUUCUGGGAUUUUUGGGAGCAACCCUAGUGGUCUGGGUGAUAGCAGGCGAAGUGAUGGCUGUCCUGGAGAGUAUCGGUUUUGCUAGCAGAAUAUCCGACGCCAUGUUAGGAUUAACCCUUCUAGCUUGGGGUAACAGCGUUGGAGAUCUCAUCUCGAAUGUGGCAAUAGCGCGUCAAGGGUUCGCACGAAUGGGUUACUCAGCUUGCUUCGGCGGACCUCUUUUCAAUACGCUAGUUGGCCUCGGAUUGCAUUGGACCUACACAGCCUUUCAGCAUCAUGAUUAUCGUACUCACAUAAUCAACAGCGAUAUGAUGCCAGGAUGCUUGGCUUUCCUUCUCUGUUCACUCACUACUUCAUUUCUUUAUUUGAACAUCACGGGCUUUUCCUUGCGACAGAGCUAUGGUUAUUUACUUAUCUCCAUUUAUUCAGUUUUUAUGCUUAUCAAUCUUCUCAGUGAAAUUAAAUUUAUCCACCCACUGGGAGCCGAUCACCGACCUCUUACCGGAAUAGUUCAAUAA